CUAUUCUGCGUCAGGUUUUGGCAUUGACUUGCGUUUCAAUAGCUGUGGGUGACAGACUUACAACAGCGCUGAGAUAGCAAACGCGUGAUCUUUCUCUCUCAGUCAGACCAAACGCCGCGGGCUACACGCCGGGGAUUGCAGGAAAUAUUACAUUUCUCCCGAACAAUAAGAGUUUCUUUUAACGGAUUCCAAAGGCUGGACUCAAAUCGGAGGAAGCGACGCGCGCACCAAACAAACGAACGUGCCUUUUUGUCCACGCGCUCAGGAGCGUGUACAUUCUACUGGCGCAGCACUGAAUAAACUAUUGUAGCGGUAGGUGAUUGAUAAGGCAAAUGUUUCCAGCCCAGACAGACACGUUUUCAUAAGGCACAGCUGGUUGCGCUGGCGUGGACUGUUUUUUGGCAUCAUUUGUUAGACAUUUAUCCCCGCUUAUUCAAAACGACUUCUUGGAUUCUGGAAGGCUGUCCGAAGGGGGAUACAGCGGCUGCAGGACGAAGUCGGGAAUGCCAUUUGUUCACGAGCAGCAUAGACGAGCUUUGUCGCGCGGUGUUUUUUACCCGGGGACAGGUGUCGUUGUGUACGUUGGGGUGGGGGGUUAGUUGUUGGGGGUUUGGACACAGUUGUCUUAAGGAUGUCAGAUCAGGGAUCAGAUCUACACAGAGACAGGUGCGAUAGAGAGGAGUAGAUUUCACGCGGACCCCUCCUCUCCUCUCCUCUCUUCUCCUCUCAGUCACUCUGGAUUAUAGUCCCGAGGAGGCGAGUCAUUCACAGAGAACCGGGCUCACCGUUUCCCGUGGCUGUUAUCGCCUCUCUCUCUUUCUCACCCCUCUGUGAGAGUUCACCGCUGGUGGAGCCGUGUGAAGCUGAGGAGAGUUCAGACCUGAACCUGGAGGAGUUUCACUCAUGCCGGAGCUCCGCUACCAUGACGACUGUGGCCAAACCUUUCAUCGGGCUCUUCUGGCUCCUGCGGUUGGUGUGUGCGGUCUUCCCUGAGGAACCGGGACCUCUGAACUUCAUCCCCACUGAAGUGGUAAGAAGGCAUCCUGUGUUUCUCGGACGGCCCCAUCGCUCAUCUCUCAGACAGGAACCCUUACACAUUCAGAGGAUUCUGCAGGUCAACCGUACACUUUACAUCGGAGCCAGAGAUGACCUUUUCCGAGUGGAGCUGGACAACGUGGUUGGAGAAGAGAUGUUUUACAGCAAGAAGAGGACAUGGGAAUCCAACAAAAAUGACAUCAGAAUCUGUAGAAUGAAGGGAAAACAUGAGGACGAGUGCCGUAACUACAUGAAGGUUCUGCUCAGCCGGCAGGGUGGAUUGUUUAUCUGCGGGACCAACGCCUUCAAUCCGUUAUGUGCCAAUUAUACAGGAGACACUCUUGAGAUGGUGGGUGAAACCGUCAGUGGGAUGGCUAGAUGCCCAUAUGACCCGAAACAUGCCAACGUGGCCCUGUUUGCAGAGGGGAAUCUCUACACUGCCACAGUGACUGAUUUUCUGGCCAUCGAUGCCGUGAUCUACAGGAGUCUGGGGGACAAUCCUGCCCUGCGAACUGUGAAACACGACUCCAAAUGGUUUAGAGAGCCAUACUUUGUGAAUGCUGUGGAAUGGGGGCCACAUGUCUACUUCUUUUUUAGAGAGAUGGCCAUGGAGUUCAACUAUCUGGAGAAGGUGGUUGUGUCUCGUGUUGCACGAGUGUGCAAAACCGAUCAGGGCGGUUCGCAGCGCGUCCUCGAAAAGCAGUGGACGUCGUUCCUGAAAGCUCGGCUGAACUGCUCAAUCCCGGGAGACUCACACUUCUACUUCAACCUCCUGCAUUCCACCAGUCCCAUCAUCCGCAUGCACGGCAGGGAUAUCAUCCUCGCUGUCUUCUCCACUCCCUCCAACAGUAUUCCUGGGUCUGCAGUGUGUGCUUUCGACAUGGACCAGCUGGCCGGAGUGUUUGAUGGAAGAUUUAAAGAGCAGAAAUCGCCCGAGUCGAUAUGGACACCUGUUCCAGAUGAGGUUGUGCCCAAACCGAGGCCGGGUGGUUGUGCCAUACAAGGCUCGAGGUUCAACUCCUCCAACUCUUUUCCCGAUGAUAUGCUAACUUUUGUCAAGACCCAUCCACUGAUGGAUGAAGCCAUCCCAUCGCUCGGUCAGAGACCAUGGAUUGUUAGGACCAUGGUCAGAUACCAGCUCAACAAAAUGGUGGUGGACACAAACGCCGGUCCCUAUGGCAACCAGACAGUCCUUUUCCUGGGUUCCAGCCGAGGGACCAUCCUCAAAUUCCUCGUUACCCCUAACAGGGAUAACACUGUGACGAACAACAACGUGUUCCUCGAGGAACUGGAAGGCUACAACCCAGACAGGUGUGGGACGGACUCUCCUCAGGCCAGGCAGCUGCUCUCCCUCACGCUGGACCGCAUCAGUCACAGCCUCCUACUGGCUUUCCCCUCUUGCGUGAUCAAAGUGCCUGUAGCACGCUGCCAGCUCUAUUCCCGCUGCAUGAAGAACUGUAUCGCCUCACGGGAUCCCUACUGUGGCUGGACCAGAGGAAGCACCUGCUCUUUCCUCCGUGCAGGUACCAGGCUUCCCUUUGAGCAAGACGUCGAGCACGGAAACACUUCUCACUUGGGCGACUGUGACGGCCUUCUGCAGGAGAGUUUCAUCGAGGAACCAGAUGGCUUGGUGUCCGUGAACCUGCUGGUCGUGUCUGCGGUUUCAGCGUUUGCCACCGGGGCGGUGCUGUCGGGUCUGAUGGUGUGUUGGAUAAUGAGCCUCAAGCACCGCCAACGCUCCAGAGCCGGUGGAUCUGGUUUGGGGAGUCGUCGCAAGGGUGAUAAGGAGCAAAGCAUGCUGGGACACGGGCGCAGCGGGUCCAUGAUCAGCGUGACGCGUAUCAGCGGCAGCGAACGACCCCGCUCGCAGGUUGAGAAUCUAUUCACCAACGGCUGGCCAAAAUCUGGAGAUAUCGACCCAGGACUUCCCACUCCAGAACAGACGCCUCUGCAGCAGAAACGUCCCACUCCAAACGUUCAUCUCACAGACUGCGAUUGGGACCAGAGCCAUACCUUCCUGGCCCAGACAGGGACACCCUGCCCGGCGAACUCUGCGGUCAUUUACCUGAGUUCCAAAUACUUGCAGGGUGGGCGGCAGGAGGGAUCAGGUGAUGUUCCCCCGCAUUCGGAGCGCCAGCGGUACCUUAUCCUCUCCCACCCUGCGAAUCAGCGGGAGCAGGCCGGGCAACCAUCCGCCCCGCCUACCCACAACUCUGCCGGUGAAUACAACUAUCCGGCGACACCUCAAGACUCCCCUGACCGCAGGAGGGUGGUGUCGGCUCCUACCACGCAGACGGACUAUGGCGAACAUCUGCGAUGGUCCCGCGACGGGCUCAACUUCAAUAGCAACAAUGCGACUCCUUCUGGCCACCAUCCGUAUCCGAUACAGCCGCGCACUAAUGCAGCAUUAGUACGGCCAGGUCACCACACUCAGCGGGGGCUCAAUGAGCUACAGGACUACAGCCACCUGCUGGUGAAAAGUGUAAGUGAGCGCAACCCUAGUGGCCAAUGAGUGGUCCAGGCCCGUUCACACCCUUCAGAGUCCCAUCACCCCUAAGACUCAGACUCCUUCUGUAAUCCUGCCCUUCCUGUCCUCUCUCACUGCCAUCCAGUGUCUUUCAAGUCCCCCACCAGUGGCUGAGCUCUAGAACUACAGAGAGUGAGAGAAUAAGAUCGUUAAUGGUUGAUGGUGUUAAAGCCGCCGUCAUCCCCAGCCUGAGGGUUGACGCCACUUAGCACGUUAGCGGCUUCUAUCACGCCCUGUCUAAUGAAACGGAAGGAUCGCUUGGGAAUAACAGAUGUGUUGGGUGAUGGGAGGUGAAAUACAUAAUCUUAAUCCUGCAAAUGGGUACGUUGACUGUCUAGCAUACCGAAGCGGUCACGGAUUGUCUCUCUGUAAUCUCACGCCUGUAAACCAUUCAAUGGAAGUGAUCCCUUUCGUUUUCACCUCUUUCUUGCUUUACAUUUGAGCCUGUGGAUGCUGCUUUUGUGCGUCCCGGGCCUUUGCAGACAAGCUCAAACUUCCUUUUGUCUGUUUGUGUGUGUGUAUGUGAGCCGCGCCAAAAUGUGCUUGUCGGCCAGACUUGAUGUGAACACAAAAUGGCCGACCAACACUGGAGUUUCGUAAGUGAUCUGAUGUCAAAUGACUGACUACUCCACCCUCCCUUACCUAUUAAGUGUCAGGAAGCAAUCAAGAAAACUGCCAUGUGACUCUAUCUAAAGACUUGUGUGCUGGAAUAUCAGAUGUAAAUGGGUGAUGGAGCAGAGCGUUCGCAAAAAAUCAUGGAUUAAUCUACCCAUGCUUUCUGGACGGAGCAGGGAAGCACUGUGGAAAUGAGUUUAUGUUGCGUACAGGGCCAUAUGCUGGGUGGACCCAUUUAAUUUGUGGUUUAUCUUCAAAACCAAGAAAUUUAGUGUUUUUUAUCCCCUACACAUGUUAGAAUUAGAGCAGAGCAUUUGCAACACUCUCUUUCUUUCACUCGGCCUGGCUUCGUUCUCUCUGCAGUCCAUUGAGUCGAAUGUGAGCUCGGUUGUCUGGGCCGGGCCGGGCCACUAGGGAGCUGAAUUCAGAGUGUCUCACUGACACUGGGUCUCUUUGUGCAGCCCAGCCAGAGAAGACCAUCCCAACAACAAAUAGCCGUUAAGAGUCAUGGCCUAGCCAUCAGCCAAGCCCAAGAGAAUGUCAAUGAGGAGCCAGACAGAUCGGACCCCUCUGGGUCCCCCCUCACUGCCAGCCUUCACAAGCCACACAGAAUCAGAUGAAUACAAUGUUACAUUUAGAUGGAGAGCAAAAAAAUCAAACCCACUGUGCUCCCAAUGGCACUGUGCCCACUUCAGCCAUUGUUAGUUUCCUCUGGCUCUCUUUGGAUUGCUGUUUGUUUGUUUCAGGGUUGUAAACCCCAUGAGAGGCAUGAAAGAAAUAGUGUACUAUUCAAUUCAUUCACCUCUCAGUGAACGACGUUAUCUCUGCUUUCUUCCCGUGGGGCACUAGUAAUUCACCUAACAUUACCUGAGUGUGUCCACUAGAGGGCAGUAAUGCAUAUUACAGGAUUUUACUACUCAGUGCUCAAUGGACCCUUUUCACAGUGUGAGAUGAGUAAUUAAAAGAGUUACAUUUAACAUCGAAAACCAAAAAUUUUAUUUUGUAUUUUAAUUUUUUUUUUAAGAUUUGUUUUUUGUUCAGACAUAUUAAAUUGGUCAAAAGUGACAGUAAAGACAUUUAUAAUGCGACAAAAAAAUUAUAUUUCAAAUAAAUGCUGUUAUUUUGAACUUUCCAUUUACCAAAAAAUCCUGAAAAAACUGUAUCAUGGUUUCCACAAAAAUAUCAGGCAGCUCCAUCGUUUUCAACAUUGAUAUGACAGGAAAAUUCUUGAGCACCAAAUCAGCUUAUUUGAAUUAUUUCUAAAGGAUCAUGUGACACUGAAGACUGGAUUAAUGCCUGUUUAAUGCCAUCUGUGCCACACCAGGUAUAAAUUACAUUUUAAAAUGCUAAUAUUUCACAAUAUUAUUGUUUUUACUGUAUUUUUAUCAAAUAAAUGAAGCCUAAGUCAGCAUAAGAGACUUCUUAAAAAUCAUUAAACAAAUCUUACUGACCCCAAACUUUUAAACAGUAGUGCAUUACACUAUACUUUGUUAUAUUUACCUGGCAUUAAACCCUGUUGCAAUGGGGUUUCAAAUACAUCUUUUGAUUUGACAUCUUUCUGACUGCUGAUAUCCAUCCCUUUUUCUUUUCUUUUAGAAGUCAUGUAAAUUGAUUUUUUUUUUUUUUUUUUUUUCUUAAACUGUUGAAACAAAUGGUAUUGCAAAAAUAACAUUUGCUAUGGUCUCACAUGUACUUCUCUAGAAGACUACCCUGCUAUUGUUUACGUUCCAAACCCAAAAAUGAAAUGUGAAAAUGGUCCAUGAGAGAGUUUGACAUGAAAUGUUUGAUGGUCCUAUAAUCAACAAUACUAAAGCACUAAGUGUAUGUUGUUUUAAAAAAAGACCGUGUUUCAAAUAAAAAGUCUGGUGAGGUGAUGAUAGAGAGAGAAUUUAAGGGCACAGGGUAAGGAGUGUGUUCUUUUAAAUUUGGAUGGAUGAAACCACUGAAGCUGAACAUUAAAGCCAUUAAUGAAGUGUAUAAUUUAUGGGUUUUAAGUGCCAAUGCAUGACUGAGUUCAAAACUGUAUAAUUAUUUUACACAAUCAACAUUAUUGAUGCUGUUUUUUAAUUGAUGCUGUCACCCAGCUCAUCUGUUUAUUUUCCAACUGCUCUACCCUCACACAGACUACGUGCUGAAAAAAGGUCUACCCACCCAUGCAUGCUCUCGCCCUGCUUCCCUCUCUCCGGCUUUUCACUCUGUUGCACCAUUAGGCGAAACAUGCAUGAUUACGCUAAGUCUAUCUUGGGCCGAUAAGGCCUAGAGAUGAUCGUGAGAGACGUGCAGAAAUGCAAGCACCCACUUGCUUACUCACAGCCAGAUUUUACAAAGCAAUCGCCUGAGAUGUGGGCAGCAAAACUCAAGAAGCGAGUCAUCUUCCCAACUGCAUCCCAUGUAAGUAACAUUCCCUGGAACAAACCAGAAACUAGCAGCAAGCAUAGGUCAAACUUAUUGUGAAACCCUGUACGCAAUUGCUAAACACUGUCUGGGUUAAUUCGCACAAGAUUUUGAGGCGGUGAAAUGGAGUUAAUUUGCUGUGGAGCUCUAUAAAAUGCGUUCCCAGGAAAAGAAAAUAAACAAGGGUUGUUUCACUGUUUCCUAUGUCGUAAUUCUCUCAAGCAAGAAAUGGAGUCCGCCAUAAAAACUCUGCUAUGGUUUUGUUUAGACAGAAAUAUAUCUAGCUAUGUUUUAGAAAGCUCCCUACACUCAAUUUUCCAAUUAAAAUCCUGUCUCUGAACAGUGAGGACAGUGCGCUCCAGGCUUUCUCAUUGUCUGGGCUGUUUCUUUCUCCACUUUGUCUUUUAAAGCCCUGAGAUUUUUUUUUUUUUCUUCUUUUUUGACAGCCCCCCAGCCACAAACUGCCACAGCUAAUGGGCCACCCGACAAAAUGUGCAAACACAAAGAAAGAAAUGGUUUGUUUAGAAAUGACAUACUUUCAGUUUGCAAAGCCUGACAUCUGACAAGCACAAACAGAGUUUGAAUUUUUUUGUAAAGUUGUAGAGAAUAUAUUAGCCAGUACUGAUAUCUUCAUUUUUAUAUUUGUUUAUUUGUUUGUUUUGUGGUAAUGUUUUAGGUUGGUUUAUUGAGUUCAUGAAAGUGAUUUGAUUUGCUCUCUGGUGUGUGAAUUUUUUCAACAAUGACAAUGAUUAUACUGCGACUGUGACCUGAAUUUCAGUGUUUGAUCCUGGUUCAUGAACUGUGCAAAGCCUUUUCUCAAAAAAAAAAAAAAAAAAAAAUGGAUGGGAGAUGUUUCUCCUAAAAGAAAGAGAAAGAGAAAAACACUUUUGCAAAAGAGCCAAGUCUUCUGUUAACUGUGAUGGACUUCUGAUUCGUCUUGCACCGGAGGCUGUUCGUGUUACUGGGUCCAUUGUCAUUAAAUGACAAGUCGUGUCCCCUUCAGUGUACAUAAUGAUUUCAGUGCUUAAAUGUAAUUUAAGUGAACUAUCUGCAUGAACACAGCCUCGGUCUGGGGUACACAGAGGUAGUGCGUACUUCAACACGACAUGCUACCGUGUGCCCUGAUAUUGUCCACCAAUCAGACAGUCACAUGCAUGCUUUCCAAAUCAACAGCACAAAUGCACACACACACACAUACAUGCACACACAAUCACUCACACAAACACAUGGACAGUGGGGUUCGGAAGUCUAAAAAGAUUCUAUUUAGCAUUUUUCUUAUUUAACAAUGUUUUUCAUUACAAAUUAUAUCAUCAACAUAAUUUAAGUGAAAAUAUUAAUUGAAAAAUUGACAUGAAUUUCAGAAUGUCUUAGUAUUCAGUUUGUCCCUCUUUUGCUUUAAUGACAGCAGCACUCGAGCUGCAUGUAGUUUGCGCAAAACCUGAUGAUCGUGUUCUCCAACAUGAUUUGAGAUUAUCCAAAGAGCAUCUGACCAUCUUUACAGAAUCACAUGAAGAAUGUCACAUUUUCUUAUUUCAUUAGUGAUCUGAAAAUGCUAAAUCUUAAAUAUUUCAUAUUCUUUUUAUGUCAUUAAUUUUUUAAUUUUCUCGAAUAUUUUCGGGUGUAAAUGAUCAUUUAAAUUCCUAAUUUUCAAUGUGGUCUCAGACUUUUGGACUCCACUGUACUUAAAUAUUUCUGCAUUUGAAAACUCAUUGUCCUCAGUUCUGACUGUCAUUGAGCAUGGAGACUGUGCUCUGUUAUCAUUUCCUGUUCUAAUAAACCAUCAAGAACCUAA